AUGCCUCCCAAGACUGCUGCCCCUAGCCAAGAGCAUGGCUACGAGUUCUGUGGACCCCCAGGAGCCGCUCUGGUCUCGUUCGGUCUCCCCGUCCUGCUCUACCUGUUUUCCUUCGCCUGUAACGAUGUCUCCGGCUGCCCUGCGCCCCUACUCCUGACCAACUGGAAGACCAUCGACCUCCAAGAACUGAAACGCGAAGUUGGGUGGCCCGCGGACGGGAUCCGGGGACUGGCAAGCUGGGAGGUCACGGGCUGGACACUGGCGUACUACCUCUUCAACGCCAUACUGUACCGCGCCUUGCCUGCGGUCGAGGCCGAGGGUGUCGAGCUUAGCAGUGGUGGAAAGCUCAAGUACCGCAUGAACAGCUUCAGCUCCAUCAUUUUCACGCUCAUGAUCUGCCUCGCCGGCACCAUCCAGCAGGGCGCCGACUUCCCAGUCUGGACCUUCAUUACCGACAACUACGUGCAGCUCCUUACCGCCAACAUUCUCAUAUCCUACGCGCUCGCUACCUUCGUCUACGUCCGUUCUUUCUCCGUCAAGGCGGGCAAUAAGGAGCUUCGUGAGCUUGCAGCAGGGGGACACUCCGGGAACAUUAUCUACGACUGGUUUAUCGGUCGCGAGCUCAACCCUCGUGUCACCCUGCCUCUCCUCGGCGAAAUCGACAUCAAGGAAUUCAUGGAGCUGCGCCCCGGCAUGCUCGGUUAUAUACUCUUCAACUUCGCCUUCAUUGCCAAGCAGUACCGUACUUAUGGGUUCGUCACCGACAGCAUUGUCUUCAUUGCCGUCGUACAGACUCUCUACGUGCUCGACGGCGUCUUCAUGGAACCCGCUAUCCUUACCACCAUGGAUAUCACUACCGACGGUUUUGGCUGCAUGCUUGCCUUCGGCGACCUUGUCUGGGUGCCAUUCUUCUACAGCCUGCAGACCAAGUACCUUUCGGUCUACCCCGUCUCCUUGGGGCCUGUCUGGCUCACAGCCGUCUUCGCGAUGCUCAUUACAGGAUUCGCGAUCUUCCGCCUCGCAAACUCGCAGAAGAACACCUUCCGCACAAACCCGAACGACCCGAGCGUCGCGCACCUCAAAUACAUCGAGACCAAGACUGGGUCCCGGCUCAUCACGUCCGGCUGGUGGGGCGUCGCCCGCCACAUCAACUACUUCGGUGACUGGCUGCAGGCGUGGCCUUACUGCCUGCCAACGGGCAUGGCCGGCUACCUGAUCCUAUCCGCCGGCACGAACGCCGAAGGCGCCUUUAAGAUGGCCGACGGCAGGGAGGUCAUCCAGGGCGCUGCGAGGGGCUGGGGCGCGAUUUUCACCUACUUCUAUGUCGUGUACUUCGCCGUCUUGUUGAUCCACCGUGACAGACGCGACGAUGAGAAGUGCCACCGCAAGUAUGGCGAGGACUGGGAAAAGUACAAGAAGACCGUCCGGUGGAGGAUCAUUCCUUACAUCUAUUAG